CUUGCUGCAGCCAUGGUCAACCCCACCGUGUUCUUCGACAUCGCGGCCGAGGGCGAUGGCGAGCCCUUGGGCCGCGUCUCCUUCGAGCUGUUUGCAGACAAAGUUCCAAAGACAGCAGAAAACUUUGGUGCUCUGAGCACUGGAGGGAAAGGAUUUGGAUAUAAGGGUUCUUCCUUUCACAGGAUUAUUCCAGGAUUCAUGUGCCAGGGUGGUGACUUCACACGCCGUAAUGGCACUGGCGGCAGAUCCACCUAUGGAGAAAAAUUUGAGGAUCAGAACUUCAUCCUGAAGCAUCCAGGUCCUGGCAUCUUGUCCAUGGCGAAGGCUGGACCAAACACAAACGGUUCCCAGUUUUUUAUCUGCACCACCAAGACUGAGUGGCUGGAUGGCAAACAUGUGGUCUUUGGGAAGGUGAAAGAAGGCAUGAACAUUGUGGAAGCCAUGGAGCGUUUUGGGUCCAGGAAUGGCAAGACCAGCAAGAAGAUCACCAUUUCUGACUGUGGACAACUCUAAUUCUUUUGACUUGCAGGCUUCUUACCCACCAGGCCAUUCCUUCUGUAGCUCAGGAGAGCACCCCAGCCCCAUCUGCUCGCAGUACCCUGUAAUCUCUGCUCUCACUGAAGUUCUUUGGGUUCCAUAUUUUCCUCAUUCCUCUUCAAGUCUAGCUGGAUUGCAGAGUUAAGUUUAU